AUGUCUCAUAUCUUCUCAGGAAUCCAACAAUUACCACCAGAUGCUCUUUUCGGGUUAAAAGCUCGUUAUACUGCUGAUACUCGUUCUGAAAAAGUUGAUUUAGGUAUUGGUGCUUAUCGUGAUGAAAAUGGUAAACCAUGGGUUUUACCUUCUGUUAAAGAAGCUGAUAAAUUAAUUCAUGAAGAUCCAAAUUUUAAUCAUGAAUAUUUACCAAUUCAAGGUUUUGCAAGUUUUGUUGAUGCUGCUGCUAAAGUUAUCUUGGGUGAUGAAUCUCCAGCUAUUAAACAAGAAAGAUUAGUUUCAAUUCAAACUUUAUCAGGUACUGGUUCUUUACAUAUUGCUGCUAAAUUCUUGGUUAAAUUUUAUAAUCAAUCUCAAACUGUUUAUUUAUCAAAACCAACUUGGGCUAAUCAUUAUCAAGUUUUCGAAUCUUUAGGUUUAAAAACUGCAUCUUAUUCAUAUUGGAAUACAGAAACUAAAUCUUUAGAUAUUGAAGGUUAUUUAAAUGAUAUUAAUAAUGCUCCAGAAGGUUCUAUUUUCCUUUUACAUUCAUGUGCUCAUAAUCCAACUGGUUUAGAUCCAACAAGAGAUGAAUGGAUCAAGAUUUUAGAAGCCUUAAAAUCUAAAAAUCAUUUACCAUUAUUUGAUUCAGCUUAUCAAGGUUUUGCAUCAGGUGAUUUAGCUAAUGAUGCAUGGGCUAUUCAAAAAGGUGUUGAAAUUUUAGAAACUCCAAUCUUGAUUUGUCAAUCAUUUGCUAAAAAUGUUGGUAUGUAUGGUGAAAGAAUUGGUGCAUUCCAUUUAGUUUUACCAACUUCAGAUAAUAAAUCUGCUAUUUUAUCUCAAUUACAAACUUUUAUUAGAUCAGAAAUUUCAAAUCCACCUGCUUAUGGUGCCAAGAUUGUUUCUAAAAUUUUAACUACUCCAUCUUUAAGAAAACAAUGGGAACAAGAUUUAAUUACAAUGAGUCAACGUAUUACAAGUCAAAGAAUUGCCUUAAGAGAUGCUUUAGUUCAAUUAGGUACUCCAGGUACUUGGGAUCAUAUUGUUAAUCAACAAGGUAUGUUUUCAUUUACUGGAUUAACUAAAGAACAAGUUGCAAGAUUAGAAUCUAAACAUGCAGUAUAUUUAGUUAGUUCAGGUAGAGCUUCAGUUGCAGGUUUAAACAAUCAUAAUGUUCAAUACGUUGCCAAAGCCAUUGAUGAAGUUGUCCGUAACACUGAUACUAAAUUAUAA